AGGGCGGUAGCCCCUACUUUAGCUCCUCCGUUUACGGAGGUUCUUCCCCGGCCCGGUCGGAUUGUUGGCAGCUUCCUUUUGCCCCGCGUUUCUUCCCACCGUCCUGUUUUUAAUCCCUUUGCAGCACCCACCCCCUCCUCCAUUAUGUAUGACCGGGCUCCGCGCUUGCUUAGAUUGGCUGAGGGUGGCAGCACUGAGGAUCAUGUGGGUCCUGGAUCCUACCAGGUACCUUUCCUGAAGCAGCAGGCAACAGGUGGCUAUGCACCAUUCCUUUCUCUGGCUGGCAGAGAAAGUACUUUAACUGUUGCUUCUAACACUGAGAAAGCUGUUCCAGGUCCAGGACACUAUGAUGUUUCAGAAGUGCAGUAUAAUAUAAAAGGAGGCCAUAGUCUACAAAACCGGGAGAAACGUUUUAAGACAUUUAUUUCAGAUGGUCCAGGACCAGCAAGCUAUGAUCGGUCUUAUCCUGGAACAUUAGAUCUCAUAAACAGAGAAGUGCUGGUGUCUAAAGAGCGUCUUCAGGCAAAAAUUUCAAGGGCACUUACAAUUUCCAGAAGUGUUGAUGUUCCUUCAAUUCCUUGUGGACGGUCGUACGGUUAUCAUAUUAAUGAGGAUGACAGUAUUAUAAAACAUUUUCCACCUGCAAGUGACAGCACACUAGGUCCAGCGUACUAUAAACCUCAGUUUGGUUUUUGCAGUGUAACUUUGAAAUAUAAGGGGAUACAUUUUGGCAACUCUUUGGGAAGACAAGAGUUACCUAUAAAGUCAGGGCCUGGUCCUGGACAGUAUGAUAUAACCCAGAAAAAAGCACCACAUUAUGAAAACAUUAACAUCAAGAAAGAUCAACAGCAAAAUUAUUGCUUAAAUCUUCCACGACUUUAUGAAGUAAUAAUACAGCAGGAGGAAAAAAAAGUCCUGGGUUUUAUAAUAUCCUAAACAAUACUUUAAUUGACAACUUUAGUAAUACCUACUUGAAGAAACAAAAGAAAAGUGCAUUUGGUUCUUCUGUUCCUCGGACUUUCUUCCUGAUUCAGAAGGAAGUUUUUACUACUCCUGGGCCUGCUGAUUAUCAGGUCAGUGGAACUUCUGAUGAACUAUCUAACUUGACUAACCAAUAUGCUGCUUUCUUAUCAAGAACAGAAAGAACUACUAAACCAUCAGAUAUGGGUAUUCCAGCACCAGGCACCUAUGAUGUGCAGAAAUCAUAUGAGAUGUCUCAAGUUCAGCAUAAAUACAUGCCACCUCGUAGUUCUGUGGCUAAAAUAAAACAUGCCUCCUUUCUUAGCACGACUCCUCGGUGUCUGGACAAAAUGACCGAUGGACCAGGGCCUGCAACGUACAAUCCUGUUUUACAGAAAUCUUGCUCCAUACCCUUACUUGUUAAAGCAUCGAAGCGUUUUAAAGAUUCCAAAGAGACUACUCCUGGUCCAGCGACAUAUGAGCUCAGUCCAUUUUUAAGACAUUCUGUUCUGAAAAGAACAUUUAAUGUCACUCUACCAAAUCCUUUCCCAAUUAAGAGAGAAAGUGCUUCUAUUACGAAACAAAAAACCAAACAAAUACGCCCAGGCAGCAAAGUAGAAUCUUCUAAAUGAUAGAUUCCACAGGUAUUAUCUAUUAAUGUAAAGGUAAGCUGACAGGUUUCUCACAAAGUAAUUCCACUUUGAUGAUGUCCUCCAUCAACUGCUCAAAGGAUCAUAAAUUGCUCUUCUAACCUCAAGAGAGAAGAAUUUGUUCUUGCAAAACAUUUAAGUCUCUAUUUUUUCCUCAAAAAAUUUCCCACCACAAAAACAGUAUGUGUAUUUGUUGCAUUCUUUCUAAAUAUAUAUUACUAAUGCUUUCAUAUAAAAUAUAAUGCCAAAUAAAGACAUCUGAUGAAAAGCCUUUCUUUUUUACUUUAGAAUCUCAUUCCCUGACCAGACGAUGCAAUUACUUUCCAAACACUAGGCAUGUUGGAACAAAGUCAAUGAUGUUAUUGUGCAUGUGUUAUCCACUUGAUUUAUUUUCUUACUCUUUAUUUC